GCUAACAGAAUAUCCCACGUCCCGUUACCGCAUAUUCCGGCGACAGUAUACGGUAGUAGUAGAAUGUUUGCUGCCUUAUUAUGAAAAGAAAGAACAAAAAGAGCAAGAAAGGAGGAGAGGAGAGAAGGGAGGACUGGCAAACUGGAGCGAUUGGGACCUAAUCGCUAGGAACAGUGGCGCCGGGGCGAUCAUCGAUCCAUUCGGAAGAAUUCCUUGGCGCCGAUCCGGGAAUGAAUCUUGUCGCGGCAAUGGAAUUGGAUUGAAGGCGGCCGCGGCGGAGGGGAAGAUCGAGAGAGAAAUUUCGGAUUUGGGGGACAAGACGGCAGCGGGACGAGAUCGAUCGAAGGAUUUCGGGGGCUCCGACGGCAUGGCUAUGGUCGAGUUGGCGGGGACGACGCGCCGCGCAGUGGUGAGGAGCGAGCGAUUCAUGGAGUGGCAGCGCGAGUUGAUCAGGGGCAGCAGUUAUAGCGCACGCAAGCGCCGAGAGAAUGAGAGCGAGUGUCAUCAACCGGCCAAGAAGUGCUGCAUGGUGAAGAAGAGUGGUACGAGUGGCAGUGGCAGUGGCAGUGACGAAAUCGAGCUGCUGCUGCCCGACGAGGACAAGGAAAGGAAUGGGAGUAAUGUUGCUGCGGCCAGUGCUCCUCCUCCGGCCGGGGGGAAUGCUGAUGAAGACGGAGGUCUUCUCGGCAGCAGGGGUAUCAAGGUCAUGGCAAAGAAAGAGCAGCAGCACAAUCACCACCACCACCACCACCAACACCACCACCAACAACAACAGCAGCAGCAGCAAGUCCACCACCAAGUAGAGCACAAGAAAGGAUUGAACGGGAAGACGACCAAGAUGGGGACCAAGCAUGAUCCCGACUACCACAAGCCGCCAGAUGAAGGGAACUGUCGAAUGCGCAGGUGUCACGGCUCUUCCAAGCAAGAACAAGAUCAGCAACAGCAGCUGGGGGCUUCUCCAAUGCGGCGGACGCAGAGAAGAAGCAGCGAACAGCCGCAGCAGCAGCAGCAGCAUCAAUCGGAUCAGAGGAGCUUCAGGUUCUUGACACGGAACCGAGGUGUAUCUCCACCUGUGAUCCCCGCUGCCGCUGUGCCAAGCAAGGCCUCGAAGCGAUCCAAGCGUGUCGCUCAAAGGCUCGCUAACGAAGAACCUCCGCCGCCGCCUCUCAAGCUCCCAAAGCUCCACCUGGUGCUCACCAGGAAGGAGAUUCAGGAGGACUGGAUGAAGAUCACGGGUCACAAGUACAGUGGCAAGCCAAAGAAAUCGACACUCAUUCAAAGGGGAUUGGCGCUCUGUACCGCUCUAACUUGCCCGUCCUCGAUUCGUUACCUCAAUGAUCCACAAUAGCUUUCGAUCGAUUCGAUCCAAAUAGAUCCACUCAUUCUUAUUUGUAAAUGCAGUGCUCUGUUUUUAGGGCAGAAGCAUUUUCUAAAGCUUAGAUGUAACAACCCUGGAA